UUUGGUUGGCCAACGGUGGAUGAACAAAUGAAAACAGACUAAACCUACUCCACACCACUAGAUCUAACUUGUUCUAAUGACGUUCAUAAAGACCCUGUGCUUUUUGGCCUUCUUGGUCUUUGCUACGGAUUGUAAACCACCUGGCAACCCAGCCCAUUCUUGGAUUACACGACAAUGGGACACCUGGCUAUGUAGCCUAUGCAUUCGGACAGUGGCGAGGUCAGAGAAGUAGUGGCCUUUAAAAUAUAGCCUAAACUAAACACACGCAGUAAUCGCCAGGUAAGAAGGUUAUUACAUUGUUCCAUGGUUGAGUUUUCUGCUGCAUUUGUUUUGCUCAACGACCGGGCAUGGUUACCAAGGACGCAGGACUGGAGACGCGCAAGACUGCGGAAUUAAUCCUACGACAAAGGAAAGAGGUAGAUCUGGGCUAUCAAGUGCGCACUUGAGUGAGUGUUGCCCUAAUGGUAACCUCUCGACAAUUAAACAGACGUCUCCGUGCCCUAUGUCAGUGAGAACUUUGAAGGAAAUGAGAUUUAAGCGACGCAAGCGGGGACAGAUAGCAAGAAAACGCCGGACGCACGUUCGAAAGUAGGCUUGGAGAGGGCGUGAGCUGAACUGUCAUCGCCUAUCCAAUGGAGAAGUAUGAGAAGCUGGCCAAAAUCGGUGAGGGGUCCUACGGCGUUGUUUUUAAGUGCCGCCACCGAGAAACGGGACAGAUCGUGGCCAUUAAAAAGUUUGUGGAGUCAGAAGACGACCCAGUCAUCAAGAAGAUCGCUCUGAGAGAGAUUCGUAUGCUGAAGCUGAAGCAUGUGAAUCUGGUCAACCUGCUGGAGGUCUUCAGGAGGAAGAGACGCCUGCAUCUGGUCUUUGAGUUCUGUGAACAAACCGUCCUCAAUGAGCUGGACAAACACCCAAGAGGGGUACCAGAGGCCCAACUGAAGAGUAUAGUAUGGCAGACACUCCAGGCUGUCAACUUCUGCCAUAAGCACAACUGCAUCCACCGGGACGUGAAGCCUGAGAACAUCCUGCUGACCAAGACUGGAGUCAUCAAGCUGUGUGACUUUGGCUUCGCUCGCAUCCUCACGGGGCCUGGAGACGACUACACGGACUACGUGGCGACGCGCUGGUACCGCUCGCCAGAGCUGCUGGUCGGCGACACGCAGUACGGCCCGCCGGUGGACGUGUGGGCGCUGGGCUGCGUCUUCGCCGAGCUGCUCAACGGGAACCCGCUCUGGCCUGGACGCUCCGACGUGGACCAGCUCUACCUCAUCCGCCGCACGCUGGGUGACCUGAUCCCCCGUCACCAGCAGGUGUUCCGCUCCAAUGUCUUCUUCAGUGGAGUCAGCAUCCCAGAGCCGGAUACCAUGGAGCCACUGGAGAAAAGGUUCCAGGGAGUGUCCCCCCAGGCCCUUACUGUUAUGAAGUCGUGUCUGGUGAUGGAUCCAUCUCUGAGAUUGUCCUGCGAGGAGCUGCUGGAGCUGCCCUACUUCCAGGAGGACGGGGCGGCACCUGUGGGGCGCGACAGCGAGAGGACAGGGAGACGACACGAGAAGGGCUCCCGCCGCCGGGGGCCAGGGCCCCAGUACCUGCCACAGCUUGCUGGGAGUAACGUCUCGCCAGCACCCGAGCACAAGAAACAGGUCAAACCCAAAUACGACCACCACUUACCCAACAUCUAAACACGCGAUGGAACAAGAGAGAGAGAGAGAGAGAGAAAGGGAUGAGAGAAGGAUACUGUAGGAGACAUUCUAUGCUGAACAGCCUCGAGGAGAGAAAGUGAGGAGAGGAGUGUACAUUUCACUGAUUGGAUGCGUGCAUUGGUGCUGUGAGUGCACUUAUCUACUGACGUACAGAAGGAUGCAACCAUGGCCUGUCUAAGUGGGGGCUAGUGUUGCAUUAUACUGUCGAGAGGUUACUGCUACUCUAACAUUAUCAAGGCUGUAGAGGACCACUGUCCCAGCUGAAAGAAUGGAAAUAACCUGAAUGCAAUAACUCACAAUUGUAGAAAAUAGCACAUUAUAGAAAAUAACAUGUAAUGGAUGGAAGGGUUUUUAUCAGCCAACAACUAUGCCAGUCCUAAAAACAAAUGGCACCAUGCAGUAUACGUAGUUCAGGGUGUUUUGGUUCGAUUUUCUGACUGAAUGUGAUGUUUAGCGUGUUUUGGUACUCUCUGCACUAGUGUAUGUGUUUGUAUGAAGUUGCAUAGAGUUCAGUUUAAAGUAAGGUUCAGGGUUCAGACCAAAGAUUCCUGACGAGACGAGACAAGCCGCGACGUUCUAAAACGUUGCAACUGCAACUAAACAUGUUCUGCUCUGCGACGGCUUGCAACGGCUUGCAACUACGUGCAACUUCUAAUUCACACUGCUGCAACUCAGUCUCGUCGCGUCGGGAAUCUUU